AUGAGGCUGUUCCUGAGUGUCCUGCUGGUCACUCUGGCUCUUUGCUGCUAUGAGGCCAAUGCGUUGCCCUGUCCAGCCUUUGUUGAAGAUAUCUCAGGCUUUCUCGAGAAACCUACAAUACUCUUCAAGGCAUCACUUGCAAAAUAUGGAGCACCUCCAGAAAACGUUCAGGCCGUUUUGGAUGUGAAGAGCUGCACAGAUAACAUCUCCGAUUCCAGAAGACAGGCACUUAAAAAUAUUUUGAUGAAAGUCACAGCAUCGUGUGGAAUUUAA